AUGUCGCCAACCACCAUUCCCUAUACCGUUACCUACCGCUGCCCUGGGACAGAGCCUCCUGUGUUCCUAGCCGGGAACUUUACCGCCUUGGAGUGGGGGCUCCAGGAGAUGGGCUACUCUCGCCAAGAAGGAGGUGAAUACGUUUUUGAGUCGCGGGUUUUCGUUGAGCCCGGAAGGGAGUAUCAUUUCAAGUUCAAGGCUGGGAGAGAGGGCCCCUGGCUCUUGGAUGAGAAUAGGGCAACCGCUACCGACGAGUCGGGCAACCGCAACAACGUGUUGACACUGCCCAAGAGUUACGUAUCCAAGAUUAAAGACGAUGAAGGAAGAAGGACUUCAACCCCUAUUGAGCAAGUUGCUUCGGUUGCAGCCGAGGUUGCGGACGUAGCCUCAAACCUCGACAAGGACGACACGUCGUCGCCUCAGAUUAGCGGGUCUGCCGGUGAGAGCGAAAUUGACGAAGAACUCAAGACUCCAUUAUUUGCACACGAGUGUUUUGGCGCAUACGAAUUUGUCGACGAUGCUUUAGACCACGAUGCCCUUGAUGACAGUAAACUGCGGCAGGAUUCGAAGCCCAAGCUCACCGAGUACGACAUUGACGAUGUGGAUAUGAACGACCCUACUAUCGAGCAGUUUCCAUCAGACAAAACCUCCAUUUUCAGUACCUUGCGCAAAAUCCAAUCCAGCCUAAGCGAGGACCAAGCCGUCAUUGAUGAUCAACAGCCAUCGCCUCGAUUGGACGGGAGAAGAUCAAGCGUAGACUCGGAUGAUAGUCUCUUGUCAGCAGGGUCCCUCAGUCCAGUCACUGCUAGAAAACGAGAAACCCGAAUGUCAACUAGCAGCGGUCGAAAUCGGUCUCUGGUAUCGCUUGGAUCCAUUGCUGAAGAGCCCAAAACUCCUGGCCCCGAAGAUGCUUCCCAUCCAAUGGCUACGUCUAGCUACCUCAAGAAGGGCACUGGUCGUGCGAAGAGCCCCACAAUCGAGCAAGGCGAACACCUUAUGAUGAAGAUGUGUUUUCUUUUCUUUUUUUCCUUUGCACUUUGCAAGCAACCACCUCACUACCGAACCGCACUCCGGGUCGAUAAGCUCAAAGAAAAAAAAAAGUUGCAAAUCUUGGUGCAACUCCUCCAUUACACCAACGACUUCGCCAUAAUGCGCCGCGCAGCUACAAACUCAGUUUGCUUACGCUGUGUGCAUACAAUCAGAAGCCGCCCGUUACUACAGCCUUCAGUGAUACCCUCAGUGAUACCCUCAGUGCAGGCGUCGGUGCAACCAUGCUUAGGCCAGCGCUUCUUCUCCCAGCGAGCCAAGGACAAGCCCUCGCGCAUGGUCCUUGCCGACCAAGUUCACCGAGCACCACGCCUAUCCCGAGAUGAACGCAGACCACAACGAGAGAGGGUUGCAGGUCCAUUCUCUGGAAUGAACAGGAGGGUAGCCAAUUUUGACCCAACCCGUGCGUCGACAAGAGCUCGUUCCGGCGAUCGCAAAUCGACUCAAGAGGAGGGCAGAAGGCGGCCGCAGGAUGAUAGAAAGGCGCUCAAGAUGCAGCGUGCCUUGGCCUCGGUGUCGUACAACAAGCGCACGUCGCUAAAGGAGAAGAUGCAGAGUUAUGAGUCGUUUGAUCAGUUUGAUCUUCUCCCAGCUCUGAAAUCGGCCGUUGUCGACGAGGUAUUCGCAGGAUUGGUGGAUAUUCGCCCAACGCCGGUACAGCGACUAGCAAUUCCCGCUCUGCUGGGACAAAAGGAGCCAGGAGAGAAAAGGGUUGGGCAUGAGGGGCAAUCUUCGUUCUUGUUGGCAGCGGAGACGGGAUCGGGGAAGACCCUCGCCUAUCUGCUGCCAGCCAUUGAUGCGUUGAAGGCGGCCGAAGCACAAGAUACGGAGAUUCAAGCCUACAAAGAGCGAGCAGAGGUAGAGAGGGAGCGUCAAAAAGCUGCGGAUUUCAAGGGAAAGCCUUUCGAGGAGCCUCACCCCACCAUGGCCAGGCCCAAGGUCAUUGUCUUGGUUCCUACGGCGGAGCUGGCUCACCAGGUUGGGCUUGUUGCCAAGAAGCUAUCACAUGUGACGAAAUUCAAGACGGAGAUAUUAUCAUCCAAUCUCAAGCCCCAGCAGAUCCAGCGUAACCUGUACGGACCAAAGGGCGUCGAUCUCAUCAUCUCAACACCUCACCUGCUGGCCUCGAUUGCAGAUUCUGAUCCCAACAUCCUCUCCCGAGUGUCCCAUCUGAUCAUUGACGAAGCGGAUUCACUGUUUGAUCGAAGUUUCUCUUCUGUCACAUCUAGCAUCGUCGAGCGUUCAUCGCCCUCGAUGAAGCUGCUCAUCUGCUGCUCAGCAACAAUUCCGAGAAAGUUGAACAAUUAUCUGGCGACCAACUAUCCCAAGAUGAUCAGAAUCACGACACCAAACCUCCACGCUAUCCCCCGACGAGUUCAACUUGGUGUCAUCGAUGUUUCGAAGGAUCCCUACCGUAACAACAAAGAUCUUGCUUGUGCCGACGUCAUCUACACGAUCGGAAGAGAGGCUUCUCAGCACGAAAAUCUGGCCAAGGAUGAAAUUGACGUCCGUAGAGUCAUGGUCUUUGUCAACGAGCGAGAAAAGACAGAGCAGGUUGCAGAGUAUCUUCGCUCAAAGGGCAUUGACGCGCAGGCACUGCACAGAGACACUCCCGAGAAGCGCCACGGCGAAAUUCUAGAGACCUUUACAACAGCUGAGCCGCUGCGAAUCAUUGCAUCACCGAAUCCAUCCCGCCACCGGUCCUUGACCAACGUCAAGGCACUGGUAGUGACUGACUUGGCGUCUCGAGGCAUUGAUACUUUAGCUGUUCGACACGUUAUCCUGUAUGACGUACCUCACACCACCAUUGACUUUAUCCACCGCCUAGGUCGUGCCGGAAGAAUGGGGCGACGAGGAAGAGGUAUUGUCCUUGUGGGUAAUGACGACAGAAGAGAUGUCGUUGCCGAUGUGAAGAAGAGCAUAGGACGUGGUCGUCCACCUCGAGCAGCCAGAGCUGUUGCAGAGCCAGCCAGCAGCAGUCCCAAUGUUGCGAUUGAAAAGAAGCCCGAAACGAGAGGACGGCCCCGGGGACGCCCCAGAAAGACUCCUUCACUUGCACGACUCAACAUUAACGAGGAUGAUGCUAUCAAAGGCGCAAACAGCUCUCGUGAUGAGGCGCUCAAGGAGCUCGCCAACGAAGAUGCGACAAUGACAAGCGAGAGAUCGGCGAUGCGUGCAAGCUCACGAAGCUCAAUAGAAUUUGGUCGACAUACCGCGACGACGCCUGGACACAACCGACGUACAAGUGGACUAGAUCUGGGCGACAGUGAUUUUGGCAACUUGGAUGACAGCUUUGCGGAAGGUGAUAUUCCCGGUACGGCGCUCUCAGGGGAUAUUUCGACCUUGUCAUACAGCGCCCUCCGCUCUCAGUCACGACGGUCUAGUUUCAUAGGAAGAAACGAUCCUCCGAUUCGACCCAGCAGCCGCAGCGGAACUACCCCUAGGGUUGGCUCUUCUUUCAACCUGGGUCUCUUCAAGAGGCGUGCGCGAGAACCAAGUAUUCUUGGUGCGAACCGGAAACCUCUUCAUGAUUCUUCAACGGUCGUCCAAGACUCUGAGGACAGUGAAGAGGAAUUCGAGCCCGAGGCUGAGUCCACACCAUUAAAUAACAGGCGACGCACUCGCGGAAAGGACGAAAUCGAAGAACCAGAAUCACCAGAGGCUGGCGAGUCCUCCAACCCGAGGAAACGCAAAAGUCUAGAACUGCAGCAGAGUAGCUCACGGCCUGAGAAGGUUUCGAGAAGAGAACCUGGACCAUCCAGACAGCCAGACGAUCGGAUCUUGUCUGAAUUGCCAGAUGCCCCUUCAUCGCCUCAACAGGAUGAAUUGGAUGACACCAGCGAGUCCGAAAUAUCAGAACUCUCCUCGCCUAGAGGACCCCCAGCCAGGCUCCCUCAACGCCCAGUCACACCAGUCAACCUAGAGGAAAUUGCAGCUCCCCCAGCAAGCAGCGGAUCGGAAGGGCCUGAUAUGUGGCCGGAUAUUCGAUCACUAGCGAAGAAACGCCGCCGACCUUCCGUCACCACUCCCUCGCGUCUUUCUAACCUCUCCGACAUGUCCUCGCCCCCUUCACUGACACAUUCACCAAACUUCGACACAGCCAAGACCGGCAAGACGCGAGGGCGACCACCAUCACGACAGCAGGCCUCGCCCAAGAUGACUACGGCUGAUCUUACGAGCUUGCUGCCCAAGCGGCGAUACAAGAAGUCGCGCGAUCCGCUCGGCCUCGAGAGCGAUGAAGAGCUUGAUACCUCAGGACUGGGCCAUGAGGAUGAUGAACUGUCUCAUCUAGACACCCAGACGGCACGCCGGCGGAAGAGGGGAAGACCACCUCGCUCAGCUUCUCGUGGUGGCAAACCUGGUGGUUCAUCUCGACGCCUCAGAUCACGCUCUCGCCAUUCGUCAGACAAGGAAAAUGCACAAGACGAUGGCAGAGGCAACGAUAGCAAUGAGAGCGAAGAUGAGGAUGAGGGGGAGGGUGUGAGCAGGUUUAUUCCUCUCGCGGAUAAUACCUUUGACGAAGCAACCACCGGAGGCCCAGCCAACGCCGUUCCUACUGAGGAGCUGAAGCAAGCGAGCAGCAAAUUCAAAGAAGUAGACAAGUGGGAGUUGGAAUUUGAGGAGGUGGCGGAGGCGUCCUCGCCCCAGGAUGGACGAUGA